AUGAAUGUUGACCCGUCUUUCCACACUUUAGCGAAGUUGGAGGGCUUUCAACAGGCGCCAGGAGGCCCCCGAUCUUCUCGUCGCCGAAAGGACUUGGUGGCCACAUACGAGGAGGCCUGGGACGUCAAGAUGUCUCGACGUCUUGGUGGUAUGGAUGUUAGUCGGCUGGCUGAAGGCCUUCCUAACGGAAACUCGAGCAACUUCAAACGCUUUGACCUCGUUCGUUCCUCUGAUCGGCCAACAGUUACACCGACUUCUUCCAUCACCGUGAUGAGGUCCCCGUCUUUAUCGCCUGUUCUGACCUCCACGGAAGGUGUUAAAUUGAGGGAGCCGAAGCCGGCUUCACGAACGAGCUUCAGAAAUUCUUCCAAUGACACGCUCAUCAAUCGAGAAAUUGUGGUCUCUCCGUUCCGCCUCAAGCAGAACCGAGUCGCCAGUCCGACCGUAGCACUUUCGGUGUCACCUAACCCUAGAGCGACUCCCCCGUCUUCCUCUUCUGAAGCACCCGUGACCGAUUACGACUAUGCCUACAACCGUUCCUGGUCAAUGGGGGUCCAGUUAAAUCUCUCCCUCAACCUGGCAUCCAACACGGGCAGUUCGGCGGAUCAGACUGCAGGAACCCCCACGGGUGAUCCAGCUGAAAAACCAUCCACCUCACCGCCGCCUCCGCCACCUCAUCGGUCCGCCUCCAUAAUGACUCCGACGACCACCCAGUUCAGUCCCACCCACUCACCCACCCUCAUGCGACACCAAAGACAACAUGACGUCAUCACAGCCGCCUCACCUACUACACCACGUGCCAGGGGCGUGCACAAUCCCCUCGCUUCCGGGGUCCCCCUGACGCCCUCCUCACCAUCAGGGGAGUCUUCCUCCACGGUGAAAGGCGACACUCCAGACACCUCCGGGGGUGGAACUGUCCCUGGCCUCCUUCCACACAUGUCGCGCUUGCUGGCAGACUGGGAUAACAUGUCCACGGAUAGUUGUGAAGAGCCCUGGGACGUGAGGCAGGGAAAGGUCAUUUCUCAGCUGACUCGUUCUCGUUUUAUCGACCCGUCGGAAGUUCUUUCAGCUGUGGCUAACGGUAACCACAACGGAGCAGCCACAAUUUCCAAUGGACACGAUGAGGGGAGGAGCACAAAGGGCGGGGCAGAGGCCGAGGGUGUGGCGCCCCCUCUGCCACCCUCGCUGGGCAUCUCGCCCCCGGCAUCUUGUGCGUCGCCUGUUGCACGAAGUCCUUCAGAUUCCAAAGUUCACGACUGCCUGAAACCACUAAGCGAGCAGCCCUGGUUCCAUCCCAACCUCACGCGAGUCGCUGCCGAGAAGCGCCUACGUUCGGAACCCGAGGGUAGCUUCUUGGUGCGUAAUAGCGAGACCAUCAAGAACGAAUUUUCUCUCACCGUAAAGCACAAUGGUUUUCUCCACAUGCGGAUAACGCGCGAUGCCCAGGGUCAGUUUGUAUUGGGGGAGUACAGCCAGCCUUAUCCCAGCAUUCCUCACAUGAUCUCCCACUACGAACAGACCCAGGUGCCGGUCAAAGGUGCCGACUCCGUCACUCUCUUCCAUCCUCAUUGA